UAUCUCCCAUCCCCACUGAGCAGAGGCAUCUCUUGUUGUUGUAAAUACAUGAGGAAUAAUUCAGGGAAUUGCAGGAGGAAUGUCCUUUAGGACAGUGCUGCUUUUACUCCGUCCCCUUCAUGUUGGGUGAGCUGUUUGCAAACUAAGAUUCCAAAGUCAGCAAUUACAAAAUGGAUCUUCUUUUAUUAAGACUUGGGAAUCUGAGAAUUGUUUUGCCAUACAGCGAUGUUGCUAUUCCAGAUCAUGAAUGCAUCAUACAGAGGUACAGGCAAGUGAAAUUGCUGGAGGGAAGGGGAAAGUGGAAUGUGCACUGCCAUCCUGGACUUUUCAUCCUUGGUAUCCACUUUGGGCAGCUGUUCUCUUCCAAGUCCUUUUUGAGUCCCUGUCAAGAGCUGCUUUGAAUUUUCCUCAGAUGCAUGAGGAUCACUGUCUGCAGGGUCUCCAGACUCGCUCUGCCUGUGUUCAGUGACCAGUCUUGUGCCAUAUCUGGGAAUUUCAUCCUGCUGGGGCUUGCCCCGAUCCAUGGAGAUCUCCAUCUCCUAUCAGCAUCUCUAUCUACUGACAGUAUCAUUGGGCAGAGCUUUAUUACAAAACUUGACCUUGUUUGACUUGAUUGAGAGGUUGCAAGAAGCUGAUGAGAGCGGCCAGCGUGGCUCAGGGCAGGGUGUGCCAGCACCUCUGCUCCAGUUGGGGGUUGGUUAUUGGUACAGCAGGAUCUGCAGUACAGCCCAGGGAAGGAGACACCUUCAGACUAGCCUGGAGUUCCUCCAUAGCUCUCAGGUCCUUUAGGAUGGAAACUCAGCAGAGGAGGCACCAUUCAAACCUGGGUGCUCGGUUUCAUUGUGCUGCUGGCUGAGCGUUACAAACGGAAUGACUUUAACCUUCCACUUGCAUUUUCCUAAGGAAUCUUCUGUUUACAGGAUCUUAAGUUACAAUGCUGUGUUAUACCAGCUUGCCUGAUCUGCUUGCCAUCCCUCUUCCCUUCUCCUUUUCCAUCUUGCUCUGUUCUUUUGUUCUUUCAAAGAACGAGCCUCACAGAAGGCAGUGCAGGGAGGCAGCAAACAGGGAACAAAUCGGCAUUCACAGAUUUUUAAUGAAUUUCUGCAGCUGGGUCUGAAACUGGCAGAGCUUUCUGAGGAAACACAGAUAGCAGAGAGCCCUGGAAAUAGCCAGGUUAUGAAAGCAUGAAAAAUGGAAACAACAGCCCUGGAUGUCAAUGCUUGUUGUGCUUCUGAGGUUUCAUUAUAGUGUAAUGUAAAAGCAGCUGGUUUUGCCAUAAUUUGCUGCAUUUUUCUGGGCCUAAGAAUAAACACAGAGACUAAAUUAUUUGUGACUGAUGCUUUAAUGUCCUUGGAGUUCAGUGGUCAGGGAGCUGAACUGAGUGUUUGUGAUAGCUCAGUCAUUUCUGAUUUAUCAGCAAAUUUAGGUCAUUUUGAAAGUGGGAGUUUAAACAGUAGUUGAUAACAGCAACACUCUGGACCUACUCUGCUUUUGAGUGUUAAUUGGAUGCCAGAUUGCUGACAUAGGUGUGAUCAGAUUAGUUCUGUGGGUGGAACAGCAGAAAUGCUUUGUCAGGAUUUUUUACUUAUGGUGGUUAAUAUGUUGUUUUAUCCUACUGUCAGCUUAGCUGCUGUUGUCACUUAAAGGAAUAUAAAUAUUUUUAUAAAAACCCUUUUGCUAAUAAACAGAUGUUGUUGAGAUGGAUGAAAUAAAAAGUUGUAGUCUAAAUUUUGAACCUAAUUUGGAAUAAGCUGGGCACAUGGUGCUUUUCAGGAAGCAGUGAGCUCUGUCAAAGAUGACAAGCUUUGACCUUUCAGAGGUGAACAGCAGACUGGGAUAUGCUGCUCGAGGCUGAAAAUGAGCAUAUUCUAAGCCUGAACUUCAUUUAAAAGUCAGCUGAAAAGUUAAGGCUGCAGUCUCCUCCCCAGGUUGCUUCAGCAGAUUUCUCUCAUAUUCUUGACUGCAGGUGAAUUACAUGUGUCCAGUAUUGAGUGUUUUAUAGCUGCCUGUGGACAUUCCCAGCCAGGUUUAUUAAGCAGAAGGGAGUUGUAUGCCUAGCAGGAAGCUUGGAGAUCAGAACAUGCAAGUCCUUGUAUCCUGUGCACUCCUGUGAAUGGGUCUGGGUCAGGCAAUCUGUGACACUUCCAACACCGAGGUUAUUUGACCUCUUCAAUUUAGACAGUCCAGAGGCUUUAAAGUAUCUUUGCUCUCCAGGCAGGAGUAGUCUGUGCACAAUUAACUGCACUUGCAGCUGAUUUUACUUGUGGAUGGAUUCUGCAGCUUUUCAGAGUGAUGCAGGAGGCCUGGCAGUGGGUUUUGGGAUGCUGCAGGUUUUGGGAUUCCAGCUCAAAGCUCCUUUCUGCAGGAGGUGAUGAGGGUGGUCAGUAUGAUGUUGUCUUGCUUCAAGGACUCAUCAUCAGAGAAUGAAAACUACCAAAUUAAAUAUAAAAACCAGAAUAGCUUAAUUUUGGGAAUCCCAUUCAGACCUCCAGUGAGGAAGUCCUGUAGGAGUGUUACAGUAUAGUAUAUUAAAAGUAAUUAUUUAGUUAUAUAUAGUAUAUUAGAUAUAUAGUAUAUUAAAUACUGUGUUCUCCUGUUUUCCAUCUGUCAACCAGUUAAAGCUCUGCGGCUGUCAGGCUGAGCGAGCUUGAAGAUAUUUUUGAGCCUUCUUUUGAAGGUUGUUCUGAAGGUGUCUGGCUCUGUAGUUGGAGUUUUAAAAAUGCACAAUGAAAUUUAGGCUCUUUAAUGAGCACAAGGUACUGUUGAUAAAGCAGAUGACUGCAGUUGGAGGGUGCUCAGCUAAAGCCACUCAGUCAACCCAGUUCUUCAGACAGAGCCCCAGACUCCUGACCUUUGGUUUACAGCUGUUGUGUAUUUAACCAACUGUGAUUGGAAUUCACCUGGAAUUGCUGUAACCUGCUGUAAGAGGAAUUUACCUAUUCCCUGGAAAGGUGUUAAAGGAAGAACCUUCAGCUGGCUCUCUGUUUCACAAGACAUACCAAGCCCUUAGAACUCAAAGCUUGCUGCCGGCUGACCCUGCUGCUGAGGCUGUGAUCCUGGAGCUCUUCUCCAGGGAAUGCUCCUCCUGUGCCAGCUCUUGCUCAGGUGGUGGUACCCAAGUGCACACCUGCCUCAGAGCUGCCUAGCUGGUUCAUUUUGGAGUCCCCACAGCAUGGGCUGAACUGCUGCAGGUCAGGGCUUCUUGCUCAGCAGCAGGGACAGAUUUGCACUUGCUCUGUUGUGGCUGCUGCAAUUUAAGCAUAAAAUUUUGCCCUAGUAAAGCUGCAACCUCUUGACUGUGCAUUGAAGGGGAUGGCUGAUGAAAUGGGAAAAAACAGGUGCCCAUAUAAACACUGUGGGACCUCUCUGAGCUUGCUUUGAUUUGGUUUCCUCCAGUCACCAAUUUUAAUUUUCUCCUUCCCAGUUAAGAGCAUCUCUUUCUCUUUUUUUUAAUCUUCCUUUUUUUUUUUCAGCUUGGGAGUUUAUUGUGCUGAAGGCUUUUAUUUAGCAAGGCACAUGAUGAAAUGACAGCAUCAUCUCUCAGUGAAGUGCAUGAAUAUUUCUAGCAUAAUGCCCACAGUGUCAUCAAGGACACACUUUGCAUUUCACGUGCCUGUUUUGGUCAGCAGUUCAGUGCUGAGUAAGCAGAGCACAAAGCCCAGGGGGCAGCCAGGUUGGUGAGCUAUGAACACUUCCAGAAACUGGGAGAAAAUUGGAGAAAUGCUGGUGGUAUUCUGGCCAGCACAUCUAGCCUGCCUUGUGAGAAGUAGAAGGGAUUUUUAGGAGUGAGCUUUAGGAGAGGGCCGUGGGCACAGCAAACUUCACAUCUGGUUUGGUGGUUCUGUUGCAACAGCUGGGCUUUCACAAUACUUACUGGAAGGCAUUAUUUUCUCCUUGCAUUGUCUAAACACUCUGAGCACCAAAACAAUGUGAUUUAUGAAACUCAAUGAAUAUAAAGCUCAUUCUCUAUUAGGCCUUAAUCAUAUGUGGUUGUGAAUCAGCAAUGAAGUAGCAGCUGCUGUGAAGAUUAUCUAAUUUCUUUCCUUGUUAGUAUUUAAAACUCUCCAGGCUUAGUGAGCUUCCCACUUACUCGGCCUCCACCUUCAUUCAAAUUAUACUUCAUUUCUCUUCCUUCUCAUCUGUUCCACACGCUGUGUGACACAUUCUUCCCUUGCACGUGGCUGUGCUGGUGGAGGAGUGCAGGAUUUUCUCCUGGCUGUUUGGGACCAGCAGGAAAGCCCCUGGUGCCCUUUCAAUUUUGCAGGCAAACCUUGAGUAGGAGCACAAAGCUGAAGGAAUUAGGCCUCCUCCUUCAUCCUGGGCUCUCACAGAGGGACCUGCUCUGUAGCCUAAAAGUAUCUUUCAUACUCAUGUGGCUGAUUUCAGUUUACCCUUUAAAAUGAAGAUUACUUGAUGAAUAAGCUAAACUAGCCCUGCUGUGAGACUCAUAUUUAUCCUCUGGCAGGCUGGUACUUAAAUGUCAGAAUGCUCCUGGGAUGGGGCCUGCAAUCCAAAUGCAUGUUUGUGGUGCCAUAAAACAGUGAGAGCCGACUUUGUGAAGGAGGAGCACUGAGCUGUACUCUUACUGUUGGUGAUGCAAAGUGUCUUUCUUCUCUGCCUCUCAAGGAACAUCUGAGCUGAAAUCAUCCACCCAUGAAAAUGGCCUGCUCGGUGCUGGGCUCUUCAUGACACAGAUCCUUUGUGAAGUCAUUUGUUUUACCAAAGACAUGGUUUUGAUGUGAUUCAGUGUAAAUGCAGUCUCGGGCUUCUUUUGGCUUUAAUUACUGAUAACUUGUUGCUACCAGUGAGCUGUACUCAAUCUGCUUUUGAGCAGGAAACUCAUUAGUGUGAGCGCCGAGGGUGGUGAGGCACAGGGCACUGAUAGCAGAGCAGGGAUGCUCCCACUCACACACUCUGAAAUCUCUGAAUAUCUCCUGGGCUGCAGGAGAAAUGGCAGCUGCUAAAAAGUGAGCUUAAAUACAGGAAGUAGCUUUCUUAAUCCUCCAAUGCCUGUAUUUUACCUAGUGAAGCCCAAGCACAGUUCAUAUCUGUUUGUUGUCUUGCCUUAAGGAAUGAAAACAAUACAGCUUAAUGUUUAAAAUAUGUCUUGGCAAAACAAAGCUGACAGGUAUGUAUUCCUGUUGUAAACAGGAUUUGGGAUCUGGAUUUCUUGUGCAAAUUACCUUUGACAGUUGUUUUUAAGCUAGUGCUUCCAAAAACCAGUAAAUGAUUUUUUGUCCUUGUUGUAUUAAUGACUCAGCCUCUUGACAAAUGUGAUCCUACUGAGGCCUGUAAAGGACAUUAGAAAGGGACAUCAUAUUAAAAUAAAACUCAAGUGAGAAAUAGGAAACCAAAUUCUAUUAGGCCCUAAUUUUACACAGUAAUUAAAAAUCCCUGACCUCCCCCAUUGCACUCAUCUAUUGGCAGUACGGAUGGCUAAAGAGCAGCAGAGGGUAUCAGCCCUGCUGCUAAUUUUAGCCCAGUGCCUGGGGUGUGUGCCUGUGUGUGCAUGCAGCAUCUGCAGGGCCAUGGAUGCAGCUCCAAUAGAAACAAAUCCACACUGCUGGGCCUCUUGGAGGAGGGAGAGCCUUGGCAGCAUCUUUGAAUGCUCCUAUUGCUGGGCUUGGUGAUCCUGGAGGUGCUGAGAACAAGAGAUCACAGCAUAAGAUGAACUUGGGUGGAAACAUCUGAAUGUUGGUUGAACUCUGGCUGUGUGGUGGGCUCAGAGUGCCGCCCUGUACCUGAGAGGGAUGGGGAUUAAUCAGAAAAUGGGAGAAACACUUGAGAUUUUAGAAGCUUUCAGUUUCACCCUUCAGGAGGCCAGCUGGUCAGUUCACCUGCUGUGGCAGAAAUGCAGGAACCAGAAGAGCAAAACAGAGGAGCUUCCAAGUGGCCAAAUGUCAGCAGCACCACUGUCCACUGUCAGGCCCAGUACUGGGUGAUAAGGCCUAGCUUUAUGGGGUUAAAAUGAGAUUUGUGCUGUUUGUUGCAGAAUCUGAGAGUGCAGAGUGGGGCCAUGGGUGCCCAAGGGAGUGCCUUAGAGGACUGUCAGUGGCCCAGGAACAGGGGUGGACAAGGCUGGUCUGUGCCUGAAGCCACAUCUGACAGCACAGGGCCACCAUCUCUUGCAUUCAGUACCUGCUAAACAACUGCACACUUCCAACUGCAGCAACAUCCCAAAGCUUUGUCCUUGUCCUCCUGGGUGUCUGCAGGUAGCCCAGUGCAGGUGGGAGGAGGGAGAAAACUCUUGGCAAGGCAGCAGAAAGGUCAGUGUUGUCUAAUCUGGAGCUGUGACUUAGCAAGCUUUCUUCUUUGCAUUCAUAAGACAGGACAUGUAGGGAUUACCCUUGCUAUUCAUAGAUUGCUCUUAGCUGUGUCCUGUCCUGCUGGCCACACUGAAGAGCUGUGUCACCCUCGGGGCUGGGGAUCCCCCUGCUGCUUCCCCAGUGUCCAGUGUGGGACCCUGGCAGGACCAGGACAGCUCUGAAGCUGGAAGCACUUAAACAUUGAGUUUCCUCAGUGGGAGAUCCAUCAGGAAGAAUAAAAUGCUGCUUUGCUGGGCAGGAGUCAAAAUGUAGCUCUGAAGAUAAUUUGUUGGGUUUUUCUGGGCUUUUUAAAGUGCGUGUUCAGCUGGUCAGGGAUUUGGCAGCAGUGUUGGAUUGUGUGAGCCUGGGUGUGCACAGGGAGAUAAGGAGCCACGGCGUAAUCCAGAAUUCCUCUACUUGAUAGCCCCUUAUCUCUGGGCAUGGGCUCUGUGUGUUUUUGCUCUUGAUCAGUCCCCUCGAGGUUCUGGUUCUGUAAACACAGUUGCUGUUUUUAAUGGUUUGGAAGUGUACUGCUUUGGCUUUAUUGGCUCCUGAAAUAAAAGGCUGGGAAGCACCCAAAAAUGAGCUCCUGGUCAGGGACAUGCAAGCACCCAAACCCUCUAUAGCUUGUCACAGCAAUGGCUGGUGCUGGCAAGCAGCCAUGUUUGGAUUUUCUGUUGGAAUUACAGCCUGCUCCAUGGAACCCAUGAACAUUUUAAUAUUGGGUAUUUCAGUUUCAAAUUGCCAAGUCACACGUGGAAGGCGUUUUAUCUCCCAGCGCUGCUCUCUAGACUUUUUAGAAGACAUAGUGGAAUAUGCCAGUGUACGAAGAACCAAGCACAUAUCUGGGUCUCCAAGACACAAAAGCUUGAAGAAGAUGCACUUCAUCAAGAACAUGAGGCAGUAUGACACCAAGAACAGCAGGAUAGUGUUGAUCUGUGCUAAACGAACCCUGUGUGUGGCGUUUUCUAUCCUGCCUUACGGCGAGGGGCUGCGGAUCAGUGAUCUGAAAAUGGAGGGACAGAAACAGCGACAUCCUUCUGGGGGAGUUUCAGUAUCUACUGAGAUGGUGCUUGGACUGGAAGGAGUAGAGCUGGGUGCUGAUGGCAAGGUUGUGUCCUAUGCAAAAUUCUUGUACCCGACCAACGCUCUGGUUGUUCGCAAAGCCGACGCCUACGGUGCUGCUCCCCCCUGUCGAGCCAGUGCUCCCCGGAGUCUUCCUGGAUCAAGAUACAAACCUGUGACAGCAAAAACAAUACCAGCAGGGACAGACAUUGGAGGAAACAGGGAAUUUAAAGCACUUUUUCUGGUGACCCAAUGUGCUUUCCUCAUUCCCUCAGGAAGUGAAGCUGGAGAAGCUGCAGAGUAUGAUCCAAAUCUUCUGGAUGAUCCUCAGUGGCCCUGUGGAAAACAUAAACGUGUUCUCAUCUUUGCCUCCUACAUGACUACAGUCAUAGAGUAUGUGAAACCCUCAGACCUUAAAAAGGAUAUGAAUGAAACCUUUAGAGAGAAGUUUCCUCAUAUCAAGUUGACACUGAGCAAAAUUAGGAGUUUAAAGAGAGAGAUGAGAAACCUGAGUGAGGAAUGCAGUCUGGAGCCCGUGACUGUCUCCAUGGCUUACGUUUACUUUGAGAAGCUCGUCCUCCAAGGCAAACUCAACAAACAGAACCGCAAACUGUGCGCUGGUGCUUGUGUUCUGCUCGCAGCCAAGAUCAGCAGUGACCUCAGGAAACAUGAAGUGAAACACCUAAUAGAUAAACUAGAAGAGAGAUUCAGAUUCAACAGAAGGGAUCUCAUUGGUUUCGAAUUCACUGUCCUCGUGGCUUUGGAACUGGCUCUGUAUCUCCCUGAAAACCAAGUUUUACCUCACUACAGACGGCUCACACAACAGUCUUAACCAAAGCUCCAUCCCAGCUGGCAUCCAGCUGUGCUGGGAUCCCACCCCAGGAUGCUGCCUGUGGAGGUGCCACUGGCUCCAGCUCGUUGGGAAGGCUGCAGGGUGAUGGGAACUGUCGAGGUCUGUGACACAGAUGCCAAAUCUGGGGCAUGGUACGAGAAGAGUUACUGAACUUUUGUUUUCUUUUGGACAUUUAAAGCACAAAUAUUCACCAGUCAGCUGUCAUGGCUGCUUAUUAUUCUUAUUUAUCUUCCUGGUUUUACUAAAACUGUUCUUCCCUAUGAAGAAUACUAUGGUAUUGGUUCUUUUGUUUUGUUUUGUUUUAAGCCUUUAUUGUAUUCCUUGAAACUGAAGGAACAUCACUUCCAUUCCAGUGCACCAUAAAAUUCAGAUGUUUCUAAGAACCUUCUCACAUUUUUACAUUAAUGAAAUGCAUACUUUAUUUUUUUAAAGAUGUGCCUAAAACUGGCUGGUCUGGUACCAGUGCUUUUUAAGUUAGUUCUGUUAUUUAGUGGGGAAUCCUGAAUUUGUAUAGCCAUUUAUUCUUUACCUGCAUUGGCCUUGCAUACAAGGAAAACAAUUCCAGUAUAUCUGCACUAAUAAUAUACAGGGCAUCUAUUCUAUGAUCUAUAAGUAGCAAGACUGAAAUUACUCCAUUUCAAUUUAUUUACUAUAAAUAACUUUAAAAUAUACAUUUUGCUUUAGAAGGAAAAUUGGUUUGAAAACCUGUCAUGAAGUACCACACAUUGAGUGAGGUAGCUGGGAAGUGAUUGCCGUCCUGAUUCACUCUUGAGUGGAAGAUGAGCACUUGACUAAGAGCAAUUUGCUGUCAAAUGUGUAAUUUAGGGGUUUUAUUUGUUUCUCUGUUCUGUAGCCUGAAAUAAGCACCUUUUUUAGGAUUGACUGUAUUUUAGAUGGUCUUAUCUGAGCAAAUAUGAAGCCAGUAGAGUUACUGCUGCCAACUGAGGCCAAUGAAACAAAGCAUGCUCGGUAUUUAAAAUGCUACUUUUUUUACUCUCUGUUCUUCCAAGCGUUGCAUCACUGUGAUGGUCCUCAUAAAACUGGCAUUUCUUGCACAUCUGAGCAGCCACUACUGGCUGGUGCCCAGCAGCUCUCUAGUGCAUACACAGAGCUCAAAUAACUUCUCUUCCUGUUGGCUCAUUCCUUCCUUUAUUUUUACAGUAUCCAGGUUGGGAAUGAAUUCUUGAUUAUCCGUGGAACCUUCUGUGGUAUUGGCUCAUGGGUUCAUUUUCUGAAGCAAUAUUAUGAUACAAGUUACUGGGUCCCUUUGCAAGGAACAAAACUGAUACUUGGUUAUUCCAGCUGAGGAAGUUGUAAUUGAGGUUUGACUCAUAAACUGCCAGACCUCAUGCUGAGGUCAGGGACUUGCUAUCCAAUAUGUAAGUAAUGUAAAUUCCUGUUCCUUGUAUUAAAUAUUGGUGGUAGCCAAAACCAAAGCUGAAUCCUUGCUCUUCAGCUGUGUUUUGUCUGAAGCUAAUUUGGCUUCAUUAGAAUUGCAGCAACCUUUACUGGAGCCCCUUCCUCUCAGAGUGGGGCUCAAAGUGUAUUUUUCAUAUAUAAUAAUUACAGUGACUAUCAAACUUUUUGUAACUGUGUUCAGCUGUAUGUAGCUUCAAAUUAUUUGUGUGAAAUUUAAUAUGCUUGUGAUUUCUCUUAACACAGAAGGACUUUGCAGUCUCCAGAAGUGAGAUGUAGCUAAUAGUUUAGACAGUAAGCUUGCCAGAUAUCUUCCAAAAUGUUUUAAAAAAUUGCCUACUAGUUAAACUUUCUACUGAAUAUAACUGUCCUUGCAUGCAGAAAUAGUGAUGUACUAAACAUCUAGUGUGUAAUGAGCCUCCAAUUAGCAAACAGUGGUGCAGACAGCUCAGGUGGUCCACCACUUCCCAAGGCAUUGUGGAGGGGCCAGAGGUACAACAGAGCAAUGAAAUUUCUCACAGAACAGCUUGAUUAGUAUGAAUGAAAUCUGAACGUGUCUUUCUCUGGGAACUUCUUUAUUUAGUGUAUAAAGAGUUUUGUGUAACAAAGUUAACUUUCCUUUCUCACCAUCCAAGGGACAAAAUGCACUUUGGUUUGCAACACUUUGCAGUCUGUAUUCAGUGGAAGUUUGUCUAGUUCAGGUGGCCAUUUGGGCUGUAAUUACACUCCCAGAAUCUGUGGGUUUACGUCAUAAAACCGGCAAGCUUUUGUUUCCUUCCAGGAGAACAAAUUGGGAUAAAGGAGCAUUAAAUUACAGGAAGCUGAAUGUUGUCUGAUAGUUAUUGUAGCCCUUGGCUUGGGCACACACUCGAGUUGGGAAGCCAGGGGUGAUGCAGGGCAGUGCCAGCCUUGUGUGGCAGAGCUUGGGCUUGGGGUGGUGCUGCCAGAGCCUGGGGCUUGUGCAGGAGCAUGUGUGUGUGCAGGGGACAGCCAGGGAUGGUGCAGGGACAGCCAGGGAUGAUGCAGGGGACAGCCAGGGAUGGGUGCAGGGACAGCCAGGGAUG